AUGCUUCCACUUCUCCCCGCACGUCGCCGUCGACGGCGGCAACUCAUCAUCCUCCACCUGCAACUCCUCGACAAAAUUGGUGUUUUCAUAUUGCCAUUCGAAUUCGUUGUCUGCCGGUUCAAUUGCAGGCAUCACAAUCUGUUGUGUUCCUAUUUUGGGGGGUUUGGUUCUAGGGAUUUGACUUCUCUGAGAUCUGUAAUCGAGAUCCACCAUUCCAUGUAUGAACUCUGCUCCAGCGGCGACGACCAGGAUUCCUUCGAUCUCGCCAAUUCACCAGAUACGCACACCAUCUUCAGCUCAUCAUCAACCACCUCCUCCGAUCCUCUCUGUCGCUUUCUGCUCCCGCGGAGACCGGAUGGAGAGGCAUCUCCGAAGAUCUCUCUAAUGCUGCAGAAGCUAUUUUAG